GGCGUUCCAUAUAAAUCGCUGUUAGAGUUCUUGAACAAUUCUUCAACCAUAACGUAUCCACUAUUUAUAACCCUCACAAAACACUCCCUCCUCUUCAACCUCCAAACCCUGCAACUCUCUCUCUAGUUUUUUCUCUCUCUACAAUGGCUGCCUCGACCCCCCUCCUAAAGGAUGAACUAGAUAUAGUCAUACCGACUAUCAGAAACCUCGAUUUUCUCGAGAUGUGGAGACCCUUCUUCCAACCCUAUCAUCUGAUCAUCGUCCAGGACGGUGAUCCUUCGAAGACCAUCGGAGUCCCAGAAGGGUUCGAUUACGAGCUCUACAAUCGAAAUGACAUUAACAAAAUUCUGGGUCCGAAGGCUUCGUGCAUUUCGUUCAAGGACUCUGCCUGUCGCUGCUUUGGGUACAUGGUGUCAAAGAAGAAGUAUAUCUUCACAAUUGAUGAUGAUUGCUUUGUUGCUAAAGACCCAUCCGGGGAAGACAUAAAUGCCCUUGCACAGCAUAUUCAGAACAUUCUUGCUCCAUCAACUCCCUAUUUCUUCAACACCCUUUAUGACCCUUUUACGGAGGGUGCAGAUUUCGUCCGUGGAUACCCUUUCUCCUUGCGCCAGGGUGUUCCAACUGCUGUUUCCCAUGGCUUGUGGCUCAACAUCCCAGAUUAUGAUGCUCCUACACAGCUUGUGAAGCCUCGUGAGAGGAACACCAGGUAUGUGAAUGCGGUUAUGACAAUUCCGAAGGGAACCCUGUUCCCCAUGUGUGGUAUGAAUCUGGCAUUCGACCGUGAGCUCAUUGGCCCUGCAAUGUACUUUGGACUUAUGGGUGAUGGUCAGCCAAUCGGGCGAUAUGAUGAUAUGUGGGCUGGCUGGUGCACCAAGGUGAUAUGCGAUCAUUUGGGAUUGGGAAUCAAGACAGGGUUACCCUACAUUUGGCACAGCAAAGCGAGCAAUCCGUUUGUGAACCUAAAGAAGGAGUACAAGGGCAUCUUCUGGCAAGAAGAAAUCAUCCCAUUCUUCCAAGCAGCCACCCUUUCGAAAGACUCCACCACUGUUCAACAGUGCUACAUUGAGUUGUCGAAGCAGGUUAAGGAGAAGCUUUCGAAAGUGGACCCUUACUUUGACAAGCUAGCUGAUGCCAUGGUCACAUGGAUUGAAGCUUGGGAUGAGCUCAACCCAGCUAAAGAAUCUGCAGAACUACCCAACGGUUCGGCCAAGUGAAAAUUUUGAUCGACAGUACCUUCCUUUGAUUUUAUAGAGCUAUGGAUUCAAUAGUUUUCGUAUCUUUAUUUCAUUAUAUUUCUCAAGCUUAUCUUUAUUUCAUUAUAUUUCUCAAGCUUAUUUGAUCAUUACUUGAGUUUGACUAUUGGUGGAUUUAAUAACUUAUUAUUUAAAUUUUAUGAGCAUGAAAUGGCAGAUAUAGUUUUUUGAAUCA